UGUUCUCAGUCUGAGAGGAAGUUUUGACAGUCAGACUUUACAACCUCCUCUCCCUCUGCCUGCGCUUUGCACAUGCUCUGACAGAAACUCUGGUCCGGUGACUUCAUCCCUCAUUCACGAAAGCUUCCCCUCCUCCUCCUUCCCUCUCUCUCUCUCUCUCUCUCUCUCUCCGGCAGCAUGCCAGCCGUUUUCCUCUUGCUGCGCUCUCUGGUUGUCAGUCUCCUCAGUAGCAGAUUAGCAGCCUCUGCCGCGCAGCUCCUUCGCAGAAGCCUGACGGCGGCUGCUGGGCACCUCGGCACCAUUCUGCGCCACAUCUGGGAGCGGAUCAGUUCCCAGGAGUCCAAGGAGGCCAUCCUGGGCUGCGUCCUGUGCAUUCUCAACAUGCACAAGAAGGUGGACAACUAA